ACGCUUGUACGGGGUAAGUAAAAUUUAUCUUGCAAUACGAAACAUCAUACAGUAUCUUCAGUCAGAAAAUCGUCGUGGAUCAAAGAGAGAAACGAUCCAGGUGCGCCAAUCCGAUACUCGAAUCGGAUUCUAUGAUGGACCCUAUCGGAAAUUCUGCGAUCUUAGAACAUCCUAUCAGAUUCCGUCGUGUCCGGAUCCUACAGGAUAUAAAGUCGAAUUUCGUAGUUUCCAGCAGACGGAUCUUCACGGCUCCGAUAGGUGA